AUGCCCACAGACUCUGAAUCGAGCACCUCCGAAUUUGAAGAGCUAGAAAGGAACAUACAAACCGUUACUACCUUACUCCACAAAGGCAAAUACUGCGGUGCUGAAGUGGGCAUCCACGUAGGCAACCCGGAUAUCCCUCCAGUUCUGCGGCACCUCUCCAAUUUGUUGACAUGUGGAAGCCCGGCAGACAGGGACGCUAAGCAGGUUGUUGCGGUCACCGGCACCUUUUUGCCAGAAGACCCCCAGACUCCGAGCGCGAUCCUAGUAGCGCAGAACCCCAGGGUUAAUUCGACCGAACCGGGGUCAAGGAUCGUCGUCUCAGUGGCCAAGCCGACGGCGGCUCAGCAGGAUAACAUGGUGGACCCUUCCGAUUCCGACGACACCCCAUCCCUGCCAAGCCAGUUUCACGCCCUCUGCAACGCCUUCAAGACCAUGGGCGCUUUUGAUCAAAUCUGCCUCUUCGCCUUGCAGAGAAGCAUUUACAAAUUCUUGGAUAGGUUCCUCUAUUAUCCCAGGAUUUUCAACGGCCGUACAGGCGAAGAAUUUUGGGAACCAUUGUCAGAAUGGGAUCCACUGUCAGACGAGAUCAAAACCCCUCGCACUGUCGCCCUUACCUCUUUGACACCAGAGGACGAAUUUCUCCUCAAAGAUGUUCCUCAGAAUGAGAAGGCCUGGGAGCUCUCAUCGGCUUCGGUAAAAUCAUUCGUGCUUCUGGUCCAUGCGCAACUCUGCAAGAUCGAUCGUCAUUGCCGCGUUUUGGAAGGCAAGAUUCCAUUUGGAGCUUCGCUCCACGCAGAUGCCGCGACCUGCAUGGAUCAAAUCAACGCGUCGUGCAUCGUCCUUUUGGAACUUCAUCGACACAAACUACUCGAGACUCUCCUCGUGGGAACAUCAUUGGCUAAGCUUUUAAAUACGGAAUUUGCUGGAAGGGGAGGCGCUGUGCAGGGAGAGACGCCUGCCAUGCGGCUCUACGGCUUUAUAAAGAAGAUCCUUGCCUGGCAUUGGGCAGCUUAUGAGCUUUACUACGGCAAACACUCGGUCUUCCCUGGAUCGUACGAGACCGGCUUCGUCACUGCUUCUUACCGAAAACACGACCUACUUCCGCUUUACGACGUACAGCACAGACUCGAUGGAAACGAACUCGGGGAGCUCGAGGACGUGGUCAUGUCCGAUCCUAACUGGGAUGAGGCUGAAGUUGACCUGCAAACUUCGCAGCGGCUCGAUGCUCUGCAACAACGCGCCCGACGGGGAAAACACGAGCGGUUCAAGACACAAGCACUCGAACACCUAUACCGACAACUGGGGUCGCGCACAAGGUUUACCGGUACUCUCCACGCGGAGACAAUUCUGAUGGCAGUGGCAAAAUACCAGGCGCAAGCCCAUGGCGAACGUAUCACGUAUGGUGCGGAUAUAGACGACGCAAGCCUGGAGAACCUUUGUGCUCUUCUUCCAGGUUCCGAGGCGCCAUGCGCCAUCGGCGUGGGUAAGAAAUGCUGCUACUGUUGCUGGCAGCUGGGAGAGCGUAUUGGAGGCGUGAAACUUCCAGGGACGCAUGGGAUCCUGUUCCCCUGGACUCCACCACCCAUAGGUGUCGACAUUGCGCAGCUGCGAGACCUCGAACAGCACUUGUGGAAGAACUUGGGGGACCUAUGCACUCGCCCUCUGAGCCGUCGACCAAGAGUAGUUCGACGACAGAGCUCUGGGGAGAGUAUGGCGGACGAUACGACCCUGGCUCCUCAGGUGCAGCCUCCGCCUGCCAUUCGCUCAGAUUCUCCCGAGCAGAUGCCUCAGAUGGAGCUGCCCGAUCUGCAGCUCCGACGUCCUACCAAAGGGCGCAAACAACGUAACUAA